ACUGGCUGACACUGACAGCUGUCAAACAGUGGUGAUUGACAGUAAGCAACAGAAUUUUUGCAGCACGUGUUUGAGAGCUGUGCAGUUUUUCGGAUUUCUUCGACGUUUUCUGUGAAAAAGUUGUGAAAAAAUGCCGGUUAUAAUGAAUUCGACUCCAGCGACAAAACUCAGCACUUCUAAAGCUGCGAUUGACAAGCUUGCUUCGGCAAAUUCUGUCAAAACAGAAUCGGUGCCAAAAGAAGCGACACAAACAUCUCCGCCGAAACGAAAGGAACGACCUUGGAAGCUGCGACACAUUCGAACCUUUACUCGAGAUUUCAAAGAGGUGAAGCACAGUCCACGGUACUGCUAUGUGUGUCGCGCCCAGUGCCGGGAUGACUACCAAUUUGCCAAACACCUGGAGGCUCACGGACGCGAGUUCCGGUUCAUCCGUCAGGUGGAGGAUUACAUUCUCGAGGAACCGAUGUUUCAAAUCCGGCUGGAUUAUCGUCCGGAUUUCGCCAAAACAUUGGUGUACGUUAAAAACGUUUCUCCCCAUCCGGUUGUUCUGCUCAACAUGGCCUAUCUGCACUUGGCCGACGGUCAGUUGAUGACUUUGUUCGAAAGCGAGAAACGGAUCCCGUGGGGUUCUUUUGCGACAUUCUCUUUCAACAGCUGCCUGCUGUCGGAGUUGGAUAGGAAUUUCGCACUGAUAUUGGUUGGAUUGGCCACCGCAAAGACGGAAAUUCUGGAACAAUACUACGUGCAGGUCACCGAGUUGAGUCAUUUCCUGAGCGAACAGUUGGUUUUGAAGAAGCCUCCGAUUCAUUGCCCUGCUUUGAAUCACUAUCCGAUUCCCGCGGUGGUACAGGAACUGUACAAGAACGAUUUCUCGCCCAAUUCGAAAUUUACUGGCGCCAAGGCACUGUUGGAUCGCUUGGCCGGAUUCAAAAAGGAUGGUUUGCACCCGGGAAACUACAUCGAAUACUUGAACGUGCUGAACCAGAUUGAAGAUUAUGACCUCCAGGUGGAGUACACGAAGUAUCGAAUCAAGGAAGCUAAGCUUGUGCCUGGAAUUUCGGAGAAGUUCUAUCGUUUGUCGAUUGACCAAUUCCAAGUGGCUCCCACCUUGCUAGACGAGGAGUGCGGAGUAAAGGUGAUCAUUCCCAGCGAGUUCGAACCUCGGUGUUUCAUAGGAACGAUUCACAAGGUCCAUCCGGAUUACAUGGUGAUCCAUAUGAAUACCCCGCCGGAGCCGGCUCCGUUCUACACGGUUGUCUUCGAAUGCAAUCGACUAACGUUUCAGAUGGAGUAUUUUGCCUUAUCCCUGCUGGCCAAAACGGACAUUGAGAAGCUGUUGUUCCCCAAGCCACCGGUGGAAAAGAAGAUCAAAUACGAAAGAUUUGAAUGGGUCAGCAAAAAUGUCGCUACCAACAACGAGCAGAUGUCUGCUGUCCGGAAUAUAGUUAAUCGUACUGCCUUCCCAGCUCCGUACAUUUUGUUUGGACCUCCUGGCACUGGUAAGACCUCAACAUUGGUAGAAGCAGUUGUUCAAAUUUGGAAAUUACAACCAAAGGCCAACGUUCUUGUGGCGGCAUCGUCGAACUUUGCCUGCGAUGAGUUCACCAAGCGCCUGUUGGAAUUUAUUCCUGCAACCGAUGUGUUCCGUUUUUUGUCCAAAGCGUGCGAGAAGAAUAUGCUGAACAUGAACGAAGCUGUCGUCGAUAUAUCAAACUUGGCCUCUGGAACGUACGCAACCCCCUCUUGGCACGAUAUCUACAACAGCCGAAUCGUGGUGGCCACCGUUACCAUGUGCGGUCGAUUGGCCCAAGCUAAAAUUGAUCCGAAUCACUUCAGUUACAUCUUCAUCGAUGAAGCAGGGAGUACAAAAGAAAUUUCCGCCUUAGUUCCAAUCGCCGGAAUUGGAACUUGCGAAAAAGAAGUAACGGCCAGUGUGGUACUUUCCGGAGAUCCCAAACAGCUGGGUCCUCUCGUUAGACACGAGUUUCUGCGACAUACGGUGCAGGAAACAUCGAUGCUGGAACGCCUAAUGAAUCACAGCAUCUAUCUGAAGGAUCCCGCCACCGGCCAGUACAAUUAUCUGGUAAUAACGAAGCUGCUAAACAAUUUCCGCUCCAAUAAGCACAUGCUGCAAUUUUCCAAUUAUGCCUUCUACGAGGGCGACUUGCGUCCAUGUGGACCUGCCUUCGCUACCGAUUGGGCAAUCGGUUGGCCAGAAUUACCUCGAAAGGAUUUCCCCCUGUUCUUCCACGCGAUUCGUGGCCAAACCGAGAAAGACGCCCACUCAUGCAGUUUGUACAAUCGUCAGGAGGCUGACCAAAUCAUAGCGUACAUUAAAAUCAUCCUCUCGAAGGAGAUCAACGGACGUACCGUGGCGGAAAACGACAUUGGUGUCAUUUCGCCUUACACCAAGCAGGUCCACCAUAUCAAAGGUCUUGUCAAGGACAACAAUUGGGACAAGGUGGAGGUUGGAUCUACAGAGCAGUACCAGGGACGCGAGAAGCCAAUCAUUCUGAUUUCGACGGUACGCUCCGGAUUGUCCACGGUUGGGUUUCUGAACAACGAGAAGCGGCUGAAUGUGGCGAUUACCCGGGCCAGGGCGCUGAUGAUCAUCGUUGGCAAUCCGGAUACGCUGCAGCGCGAUGUCCAUUGGUACUCGUUGUUGAAGUACUUCGUGGACAACGGAGCUCUUAAGGGCUGUACGUUCAAACUGGUGCCUCCGUACAUGCAGACUACGGAUGCUACCGUUGAGAAAGAUUGGUGAGGUUUCGUGUAGGUAAGUACCUAUUUUAUCACGAAAACUUUAGCAGUGCCACGAUUUUAUCUCAUGAAAUGUUUGUUGCUCGCCUCUUCAGGGAAUUGACUUUAACUUCCAACUAAUAUAUUGUUAAAUCUGAUAUAAUUAUAAGAACUUAGUAGCAGAAAAGAUCCUUCAUCCUUAAAAGGAAUUGUUUGGAAAGUAACAUGAAAAUAUUUUAGUUCUUAGAAUUAAUAGUAACAAAAUCUUGAUAAUAAGAAACUUAUAUUUUUACACCGCUUCAAAGUUAUGUAGAAUAGGAUCUUUUUUUUCUACUUCUCUGAAAUAAUAAAUUACAGUUUCUGAAAACUGUACACACUCUUUUUCUAGACAAAAGGCCACAGCAAUUAAGAAAAAUUACACGGACUCAUCAUUCAUUCAAA